UGUAAGCAUCAAAACGCUCCGCGGAUGCCAAGGGACGUUUACACUUCGUCAACACUGUGCCUGUGUUCCCAGUUCCCCUCCAGUUACAACGUCUGGUCACUUGUAGCUAUAAUGCAUCGAGCAACAAUGCAUUCAAGUGCGGACACCCCAACCUCGGUUCCGUGCAUGGAGUCAUCCGCUUCAUCCGGAGUUUUCUGAAAGCAGGCACAGCUUUCAUCGUGCGUUCUAUUGAAGUCGUCACAAGUCGAGUAUUAUCUACACUCAUCCAAACUACCUGCCCUGCCUGGCUACAGCUGGCUAAAGUUAGUGCUUGCCGAGCGUAUUAUUCGAUGCUCAUUCUUCGGAACCGGCAACAAUUUACUUCUGUAUAGGACCUUGGCGUCUUGUACCGGUGCGCUAGCACACAAAGCGACCCUCAAGGCUUUAAUUUGGGCCUAGAAAGAUGGACCCAGGCAAACCAUGGAACUCGCUCAGUCUGCGCCGGAAACCGGCUGUGCUCGCUAUUCGCAUAUCUCGCGAGCUACAGCGGAGGCCGCUGCUGGCAGAAUGCGUGCCGACGGCCAUCGGCUUCGCGUUCGGAGACUGCCUCACGCAGUUCAUGAAUAGGGACCGUAAAAGGACGCUGCGGGAGCAAUGGAGCUUCAGUCGCACAGGCACUAUGCUCUGCGUGGGUGCGCUCUGUGCCGGGCCAGUGCUCCUGAGCUUCGGGCGCUGGAUGGACCUUUCUAUUCUUCCAACGGCGCCGACCAGCCCGCUAGCGCUUAGCGUGAAGGUGGUGGGAUGCUUCAUCUGGCAGGUGGCCUACAUCACCAUCAAACCCGCCUACCGGCGCUCGGCGGUGGCGCUGCUGGAGUCCUCAUCCGUAAUGAUUGAGACGCAAACACAACGCCUGGGCCUGCGCCACGCCCACCACGCCGUCGCGUCCUAGUAUGGAUGCCGGCCUGGGCCGUGCUCUGCCUCUACCGCAUCCCGCACAGUUUGUGAGCAGGUACAGACACGCGUGGAUGGACGGUGGUGGAGGCCGACGUGGAGGAUGGCGGCCGAGGUGUCGGUAAUCGGACGUGCCGGCUGACUUGCAGGCAGCCAGCACGAUGGUAUGGCUUCACGCAGGAGCAGGCAUCCGCGCAGUGCGCGAUGAGCACGGUGGCUGGGGGCGCGCCGUGCGCUGCAAGGGAGGGGGCACAGCAGGAAUGCAUGCUGCUCCCAUCCUUAGAGCCAAGGGUAUUUUUGCUCAGCAUGCAGACCACAAUUUUGUUCAUCCGUGCAUGUUUGUUUUGAUUAGCACGGUUCUGGUAAUGGCCGCAGCAACAACUUUGCGCGGAGGGUCUUGGAAGUACACGGGCGGCAGUGUGCGUGUGUAUGUUUUUUUGUCGGUUAGUGCUGGCGAAUGGUGCCAGCUUGCUGUGUGUCUCAUACAACAAAUCCUUUGCAGAGCGUGAUGCGAACAAGCGUUAUCACACGAGCUUACCUUGCAGUGUGGGCACGGCCGGAUGCGGCCGUCGGGUGCUAGUGGUACUUGUUAACCGCCGUACGUCAGUGCAUGUAGGAUCAGAGCAUGCGCGCCUCGAUGGUGUCGGUGCAGCCACUGUUUUGGGUGGUAGGCCGCAGACUGGUGCAGUGCUCGUUGAUGUCAGGGAGUGAUAGGUAGACAUUUGCGUCCAUAGUUGGAGGCAGGUCAUUGGCUCGUAGCGUUUGCGGCCUGCAAACUGGAGGUGUUAGAUGUAGUGCAGUAGCAACAUUGGCAGGUCACGGAAAAGAAGGCUGCGCCUGGACCCGCCAUCAUGCAGGUGACUGAUGACGGUGGCAACAUAGACUCGGGACAGGACUGGGAGCGUAAUUUUGCCUCGAGUUGAGAUCUCUGCCUCGAGUUGAGAUCUCUGAAUUGAAGUACGCAUGUUGAGAAGCGCCUGGAGCUGGAGCAACAUGACAACUUUAUAAUAGGACUGUGAUGGGCGACGGGCAACUGUACAUUAUAUGGGAUCACCUAGAGGAGAGAGACCUGAUUCUUAGCGAGGAAGGAGAUGAGGGAGACUCACAUGCUGUAAAAGUGGGCCGUGGGCCA